UCAGCCCCUCCUUCCUUCCUCUCUCAGCGGUCACGCUGCCAUUUGUCGCCGGCUCCCGUGCUGUGACAGAAAAAUCGGUAAAAAUGAAGAUUUGGACGUCAGAGCACAUUUUCAACCACCCAUGGGAGACGGUGACCAAGGCUGCGAUGCAGAAGUAUCCCAAUCCCAUGAACCCCAGUGUCUUUGGUGUGGAUGUUAUGGACAGAAGUGUGGACACUGAGGGACGGUUACACAGCACCAGACUGCUCAGCACAGAGUGGGGGCUCCCUGCUUUGGCCAAGUCGAUGUUUGGGGUAACAAGAACAUGCACGUAUGUCCAGGAACAUUCAGUAGUGGACCCUAAACAGCAGACCUUUGAGCUGCAGUCUACAAACAUUUCCUUUACCAACCUCGUGUCUGUGGAUGAGAAGUUGACAUACAAGCCACAUCCACAGGACCCAGAAAAGACAGUGCUGACACAGGAGGCUCUGAUCAGUGUGAAAGGCGUCAGUCUGAGCAACCACCUUGAGGGUCUCAUGGCCAAGACCAUAUCCGUCAAUGCCAGCAAGGGUCGGGAGGCGAUGGAGUGGGUAAUCAGACGGUUAAACACAGAAAUCGAGGAGCUGACCGCCACUGCUCGCGGUACCAUGCGAUCCCCCAUGGCGGCAGCAGUUGCAGAUAAAUGAUCUGGAUCUUCCCGGUUUCUUACUCCACCAUCAUGAACCGAUGGGCUUCUCUGUAAUUUUCCCCUCAAAGGGGACCCUCACCUCAUCUGCCAACACAACCUAUUAACCACAGCCCCAUCCUUCGGCCCUGCGUUUGUUUGUCAUGAGAUCAUUGUUAGUCCUUCCUCAGCAGUCUGCACCAACAAGCUUUUACACCAGUCAGGUAGUGACGAGGAAGUGUUGAGCUGAUGACGGUUUAAAAAAUUAAACAACACUUAAAUUGGACUGCACUUGAAGCUCAUAUGACUUGGUCUUGUGAUAUGGAAGCUUUUUUUUAGAAUUGAAUUCACAAUGUGCCUCUGAAUCAUCUCACCGGGUUCUUCCUUUUGUCUCUCACAUUUCAUUAUCGCUUUCAAAUCUUCAUAAACAAGCAGAGGAUGGCUUGAUUGGAUCAACUUUAAUGUCAGCUUUUGGAUUGAUUGACCAUGCCGUGCACAGCAAAGCUGACUGAAAUGACUCAAAACCAAACGCUGCCAUGCACACAGACUGUAAAAGAAUAUGAAAGUAAAGGGGAAACUGUAAGUUACAAACUGCAUCAGCUUUCUGUCAGGUGGAUGGAUCAGAUCCCGUGUACCUUUGGGUGAUGUUUUCACCAUAGCAGAAACUCUUUGAAAAAGUGCAACUUCCCUCAGAACAUGGGUUAGAGUUUGAGGUCUGAACAGUUCAAACUCGUCCUGCUCAGAGACGAUAGGAAGUGCUGGCAGUCAAAAAAUAAUAGGCAGUAUGCAGAUGUACUUGAGUGAUACUGCAUCAUAACUGUGUGAGGGGUCACAGGAGAGUGAGAGAAGGUGUUGUAGAGCAAUGAAGGCAGCUUAGACUUGUUAUUUAACAAACGUCUCAGUGCAUUUAAACCAAGUGGAGCAGACUGUUGUUAAUUAAAUUGUGUUGCUAAUUCAUGACUACUGGUGUAUAUGCCACAGCUGUCAGCACAGUGGGCCGGACUUUGCAAGUGUUUUUGUCUUUUUUUUUUAUCUC